AUGGCGGUGCACGUCGGCGAUGAAAAGGUCUGGAAAUGCCCGAAACACCCCUCGAAGCGGAGGCGCAGCGGCAUCUGCCCCGCCUGCCUCCGCGACCGCCUCGGCAGCCUCUGCCCCAACUGCCACACCGCCCGCCCCUGCUCCUGCUCCUGCUCCUCCUCCUCCUCCUCCUCCUCGUCUUCCUCCUCCUCCAACCUCGUCGACGGAGAGCCCUCCUUCCGCCGCUCGAGGUCCGUCGCCGUCCCCUUCUUCCGCUCCCGCCACGGCGAGGAAACUCCCGGCAGCAGCGGCAACGCCAGGACGCCGUCGUUCCUCUCCAUGUUGAAGAGGAGCAAGACGAAGAGAGCCGAGCUUCCGCCCAAGCCGAAGAGCGAGCAGACUAUUAUAGUUAACGAUGAGGAGAAUUUCGAGAGCAAUGAUAGGAUUGAAGACUACGUGAGGAUGGUGUCGAGAUCAAGAUCGGUCAACGUCGGCGCCUCGUCGGCGAUGUUCCGCCGCCGUGAAGACGCCGCUGCGUCGCCGGCGAAGGGUAAAUUCUGGCAUUUUCCGAGCCCGAUGAAGGUGUUCCGGAGCUCCAAGACUCCUAAGGUUGUCAUUCAAGCUUGA